AGCCGCGACUUUGCGCUCCGCAACGCUCCCUCCUCUGCUUCCCUCCUUCGCCUCGUUUCAAACCCUAGAGCCCCUCCUCCCCCGCCAGCACCCUAGCCCUAGCUCCGGGAGCCCACUCCCAUCGCCCCCUCCGCCGCCCCGGCCGCCCCCCGCCUCCUACACGCCUAGCUCCACCCGCGCGAGCCCCCCUACGGCGGCUCGGGGCCGGUGCGGAGGCUCUCGGCGUGGGAGGGGCUGGGCGGGGAGGGAAUGGUGUGGCGGCCAUGAGCCGUCCCUCUUUCCGGCCGCGGCCGGUGGACAUCCACAGGAGGCUCCCCAUCGUCCGGUUCGCGCGGGAGCUCGAGGACGAUGACCCCACGUUCGCGCUCCGGGCCGCGCCUCCCCUGCUUCGGUACUCUGCACCGGAGCCGGCGGCUGACGGCGAGGCGCAUCCAGCACCUAACAAGAAGAAUGCCCAAGAAAUACCCACACCCCAGUAUGAUGUUGUUGAUACAUACGAAAGGGACUAUACGCGUACCUUUGCACAACCCACAACAUACAUACGUGGAAGAGGAGCCCGAGCUGAAGUUGGUGAUUUUAUUGAGUAUGACCUGGAUAAUGAAGAUGAAGAUUGGCUUGAAGGUUAUAACAAUGAGCGGAAAAAUCUUAAUGCUGAAAUGUUGGAGGCCCUCCUAUUUAAGCUGGAAAUUUUGGACCACAAAGCUCGAGAAAGAGCAGGCAUCAUAACACCUACCAUGAUUGGACCAAUUCCAGUCAUUUUGCAGCUUGAUUCUGCCUUUGAGGCUUUGCAGUACUUAUCUGUCUGGUAUGCUGUAUUCCAGGCUGCAUACAGCUAUUGGAAGGCAAAGAGAGAGCGGUGGCAAAAACCUAUUUUGAGGCAUUUGCAGCCGCCUCCACCACCAAGUGAUACAAAUCCAUACAAUGUCUUCAGACCAAGAGAGAAGGCUCAUCGUCUUCACACAAGAAGGAUGCAACGUCGAGAAAAUAGUGCCCAAUCAUUCGAAAGACUCCGCCUGGUGAGGCGAAACCUAAAGCAAGCUAAGGUACUAGUGGAGGCUUUGAUUAAGAGGGAAGAGAAGAAACGUGAGGCCAUGGACUGUGAGGUCCACCUUCGACGUAUACAAAUGAAAUACAAGCAUGAAGCGCAACUUCUUGAUGACGGGAUUGCACUAUCAGGCCUUCAGCAAGUUUCUACUCAAUAUGGAUCAAGUGAAGAUUAUUCGGAUUCAGAUGAUACAAGUACUGAGCAACCAAAUUUACAACCAUUUGCUUUUCACCUUCGGCUCCCUGAUAAAAAGCUAUCGGUCAUCUCAUCAGUACGUUUAAAGCAUGAACAUGAGUUGAAGAGAAGGUUGCAGCAGACUGCCUGGUUAUUCAAAAGGGAUCCUGAGGAGCCAGUAAUGCUGUUCACAAGACCGCUUGAUCCUGGUAAGUUGGAGAUAGCUGGCAUCAGGCCACCACCAGCUCCAUCUAUUGAUGGUGGAGCCACUGCACAGCCAUUCCGGUGCCAGGGCAGGAUCGGGCGAGGUGGCCGGAUCAUCUUUGACCGUUGGAAUCCCCUCUAGGUUCCAAUUGGUCAACAGGCCUCAGUUUCUACAGUAUAAUCAUAGACCCCAUGUGUUAGAAGGAUGAAGCACCAUGCUUGUUGUUAUGUAUGUCGUCGAUUCAACUGGUGAGAGAUGAAGCUGGAGCAGCUGUUUCUCCAUGAGCCAGAUUUGCCCUCUGGGAUGCUCCAUUUUCUGCUGCAGGGAAUUUUAAGGCUUACAUAUCUGAUGAGAAGAAAUGUUGGACGAUGCUCCUGGAUUUGCUUCUGGUUCUCACAUAACUAGAGUGAAAGCUGGCAAUAGGCACAUGGGCUGCCUUUUCUCAGCUAUUUGUAUAGUUUUUCACUGUAGCUGAGAUGGUAAGCAAUUUAGUGCAGAAUUUUUUCCUUCUCUUUGCUCUAGGGUUAGUAUCUAAUGCAAAUAUGCAAUUCUUUGGUUAGCUAUUUACUAGGAAUGGGAAUGUUCCUCAUAGAUAUAGGGAAAAUGAUGUGUAACCAAGUAAAUUGUGUUGCUUAUUAAUAUUGUUCACGGGAUCGAAUAUAUUGGCGCUUUUUAAA